AUGGUGCUGUGCUGCCCGCGUCCUCCCUGCUCGCCGCCAACCGCAGCUUCUGCUUCCUGCUCUCCUCACUCCCCUUCCCUUCCUCUGUCCGCAUCUCACCCGUUAACCUCACCUGUUACCGACCUACGAGCUUUUCCUUCCCCAUUCACUGCAGGCGCGCUGGCCAGUAGUGUCCAUGGUGGUGGUACCACUCAUCAUCUGUCACCCACGCGUUUCCCACCUCUUCUUCCUUCCCUACACACUGCAGGCCCCUUGGCCCCUUGGCCAGUAUCCGCGGUGGUGCCCCCAUCCGCCCUGCAGGGUUACAACCUAUCCGCGGUGGUGCCCCCAUCCGCCCUGCACGGUUACAACCGUCUCUUCCGCUUUCUCCUCGCCGCCAGGCGCACCCACCUGCACCUCGCACUCGCAUGGUCUGCCCUGCAGGCGAAUCUGGGUCCCCAAUACACACUUCACUCCCACUCGCAGCUGACACGGGGACUGAAGGUGGAGGGGACAAUGCUGCAGCGCGUGCACUGGCUGCGGCAUCGCAUGGCGUGUGCUGUCACUGCCAUCCUUGACCAUGUUGCAUACGCAAAGGGAGGUGUGUGGGUGUGCGUGCAUGGCUUUCCAUCCUGGCUGCGGCAUCGCAUGGCGUGUGCUGCCAUUGCUAUGUUCGGCAGUGUGGCACAUAUGCCUUACCUCUUCCCAUUGAUUCCUAUGCCCUCAUUUUCUUCAUCCGAACCUCCCUCCCCUCCCACCAACCUUAAGUGA